UUUUCUUAUCAAGUUUAGUGUUGUUAUCAGUAAACCGAAUUUUGGCGUAUUGUAUGGCUUAAUAUUGUGUACACAACUCGCACGAUUCAAAAUACUCGUGUAGUCGUGUUUGCUGUCCGUCGUGAUAAUAAACAAUGACUGAAUCGAAUUAGAAUAAGUUAAAUUCAACAUUAAAUUUAAUUUAAUUUUUACUUAAUAGCCGAAAUCCAUGAACGUCGAUUAAUUUUGUGUGUUCUGGUGAUUACUUUAUUGAGUACCGAUAUAGUAGAGUAGAAAUAAAAUGUUUCCAACGAGCACACAAAAAAUGAAUUGGAUAUUCAAAGACGAAUUGGAUUUGAAUGCAUUGCGAGAAGAUGCCAAUAAAAAGUUUAUCACCAGAUUCGGAUCGCACAUGAGUCCCGAUGAGCGGAACACAUUUUUUUUGGAUGCCAAUGAAGAGCAUAUAAUACAGAAAUGUCACGAAUACAUGUUAAGAGAUUUUUGUCACAAAUUUCAACCCACCAUGCCAAAGUACGUAUUCGCAACCGCUUUAAAUUAUUUAAAACGAUUUUAUCUGUACAACUCAGUCAUGGAUUAUCAUCCCAAAGAAAUAAUGGUUACGUGUCUGUUUUUGGCAUGCAAAGUUGAUGAGUUUAAUGUAUCACUAGCGCAGUUUGUUGCUAAUAUCAAAGGUAAUCAAUCGAGAGCGACCACAGUGAUACUGAAUAACGAGUUGUUUCUUAUGGAACAAAUUAAGUACAAUCUCAAAGUGCACCAUCCAUUUAAGGCAAUUGAAGGAUUCCUUCUAGACAUUAAGACAAGAACGCGAAUGUCUGAUCCAGACCGUAUGCGUACUCAUAUUGAUAGUUUCAUUGACAAGUUACUAUUUACAGAUGCGUGUUUAUUAUUUGCACCGUCUCAACUGGCAUUAGCUGCUGUGUUACACUCAGCAAGUCAAAUCAAAGAAAAUUUGGAUUCAUAUGUAACUGAUUUAUUAUUAGGUGAAACAGGGUCUGAACAUUUAAAAGAUUUGAUAGAAGUUGUACGGAGAAUAAGAAUAUUGCAUGUCAGAAUAGCAGACGAUCACACAAAAGAACUAUCACGUAUUAGCAAAAAAUUGGAUAAAUGUCGGAACCAAGAAAACAAUCCAUUUAGUGAAAAGUAUAAAGACAGAAUACAAGAAGCAUUAAAUAAUUCUUUGUAAUUUUAAUUAUUCUAUCUUUUUAGCAUUAUUGUAAAAAUAAAAAAUAUGAUUUUGUAACACUUUAAUGAGAAUGUUAAAGUUCAUGAUUAAAAAUUAAUAAAAAAUUAUUUUUAUUUUUCUAAUUAAGUACCUAUGUUGAAUAAAAUAUAAUUUGUUAAAU